UCAAGCACACUCGAAAAUGGACAGCAACUCCUCCUCUGCAGCAAUAAUGCUAUCGUCGGAGUCUGCCGUCCGGGGUGCCGGAGACGCCAUUUCCCCCUACCUUGGGGAGCUGUGGGUGCAAGCAAAGGCGUUGGUGAUCGUGCCGGUGCUCAGAGUUAUGGUUUACCUCUGCUUGGUAAUGUUGAUCAUGAUACUCAUGGAGAAACUAUACUUGGGAGCCAUCAGUGCUUACCUGAAGCUUUUCCGGCGAACGCCGGCGAAGCAGUACAAGUGGGAGCCUAUCAAGAACGAUGGCGAUGCAGAGAUUGGCAACUCUGGUUAUCCUAUGGUUCUAGUUCAAAUACCAAUGUGUAAUGAGAAAAGGGUAUACCAACUGUCCAUUGGAGCAGCCUGUAACCUUUCAUGGCCAGCGAAUCGAAUUAUAAUUCAAGUUCUUGACGAUUCUACUGAUUCUGAAAUUAAGGCUUUGGUCCAACAAGAGUGCAGGAGAUGGGCAGGUAAAGGGGUGAACAUAAAGUAUGAGACUAGAGAUAAUAGAAAAGGGUUCAAAGCAGGAUCCCUCAAGCAAGGAAUGAAGCAUAGCUAUGUUAAGUUGUGUGAAUACGUAGCUAUUUUCGACGCUAAUUUCGAACCCGACCCUGAUUUCUUGUACCGCACCAUUCCUUUCCUUGUACAUAAUCCUGACAUCGGCCUUGUUCAAGCUCGCUGGAAAUACGUUAACUCUAACGAAUGCAUGCUGACAAGACUGCAAGAGAUGUCAAUGGAUCACCAUUUCUCAGUGGAGCAAGAAGUUGGGUCUGCAAUCCAUGCAUUUUUUGGCUUCAAUGGAACGGCAGGUAUCUGGAGAAUAACAGCAUUGGACGAUGCAGGGGGAUGGAAAGACCGAACCACUGUGGAAGACAUGGAUCUGGGUUGCCGAGCUGGUCUUAAAGGCUGGAAAUUCGUCUUUGUUGGUGAUGUUAGGGUGAAAAGUGAAUUACCAAGCAGCUUCAAGGCAUACAGAUACCAGCAGCACAGGUGGUCAUGUGGCCCUGCCAAUCUUUUCAAGAAAAUGACAUUCGAAAUUAUGAGAAACAAGAAAGUGACAAUCUGGAAGAAACUGUACCUAAUAUACGCCUUCUUCUUCGUCAACAAGAUUGUCGCCCACGUUCUCACCUUCAUCUACUACUGCCUCGUUCUCCCAGCAACUGUUUUGAUCCCAGAAGUCAAAAUUCCCCUUUGGGGAUCUCUUUACGUCCCAACAGUUACUGCCCUCCUCACUCUACUUCCUUGUCCAAGAUCAUUGCACUUGACGGUUAUUUGGAUGCUUUUUGAGAAUGUUAUGGCCUUUCACCGAACUAUUGGAACCUUCAUCGGACUUCUUGAGGUUGGGAGAGUUCACGAAUGGGUUGUCACUGAGAAGCAAGGAAACACAAAAACUGCACACCCUAAAGCUGCAAAGAAUGUUCCUCGUUUUAGGCUUGGACAAAGGUUGCAUUUGUGGGAGAUUAUUGUUGGAUUCUACAUGCUAUUUUGUGGUUGGUACAACCUUAUUUUCGGAGACAACUAUUUUUAUGUGUACUUAUUUCUCCAAGGAGUGUCAUUCUUGGUCAUUGGAUUUGGCUACAAUGGUGCAUUUGUGACAACUUCGUAGCUCACAUUUGGUAGAUUGGGGAGUUCUUUGGAAGGCUACAUGCAUAUAUUUGAUUCUAAAUUAAAGUUAGUAAUAAUAAAUAAUUAAAUAUACAUUGUUUAAAAAAAUAAUUAAUAUAUAAUUAUAAAUAAACUUCCAGUGUACUUGCUGGUGAUGUAAAGAAAUUAGAUGGUUGUUACUUGUUAGGAGUAUGAUUCGCUCGGCAGAAAUUGGGUUGUAAGGAAAGUUCAAGUUCUUCAAUAAAAUUAUAUAUACUUCGCGUUCUUGCC